AUGUAUUCACAUUAUAAGAAUAAUAAAACAUUCACUAAUUUAUUUUCUGUUUCACUUCAUUAAUCAAAAUAAACAAUCAACAACAAGAAUAUCUCUUAAGUAGACUUGUAAAAAUUUUGAAUUCAAUAUUAGGGAAACUCCAUUUGGAAAUCCAAAAAAUAAAUUGGUUAGUUCUAAACCAAAGAGAGAAGACACAAAAAGGAAAUUUUCAUUUGAAGAUACGAACAAAUUGAAUAAUUUUCUAAAUGCCAUAGAUGACUUUAUUAGACAAAUAGAUGAGAGUUCUGAUUGCCAUACAGCAACAUAUGAUUCCUAAAGUAGAUUAGAGAAUAUGCUAUUCCUUAAAUUUAAUAUUAUUCAAAAAAGGUAAAAGCAAUUAAAGAAUAAAUACAAAAACUUAGAAUAAUAUUAUGCAGUUGAAAAUUAUGAAAAUGGGACUCUUAAAAAUCAACUGUUUGAUUUGAAUAAUAAGCUGGAAGAAUUGAAGAAGAAAAAUUUUAUAUAACAUUUAAUUUUAGAAAAGUAAAAAUAAAAAAAUAAAGAGUUGAAAUUGAGAUAUCAAUAUUUAACAAAUUAGUAUCUUAGAGAAAAAUUAAAGUAUGAAAAUCAAAAGUUAAAAAUACUUUAGAAUAGUGUGCCAAUCAAAGAAAGCUAUAUUGUACAAAUACUUAAUGAUAUUUAGGUUUAAGAUACAAAUUAAUCUAAUUAGAUUAUGGAUUAUUAUAGUGUUAGAGAGUUUCUUAAGACUUAAAUUAGAAAGUUAAAAUAUAAUAAUAAAUAAAUUGAUGAUUAUUCUAAUCUUUAUAAAAAAUAUAGUGAUGAUAACAUUGAAAACUUUUGA